GGAAGCUUGGAAGACCUGAAGUGGGGAACCAGAGGAGAGGGCGGGACCGGAGCCUCGGCUUUGUACCACUGAGGGGCUCUGCCUUUUUCCAGAAGAGGAGCCCAGAGGAAGACUGGUCCUUUUCUGCAAAUAUCAAAGCCAUGGAUCAGGAGUCAGUGAUGUUCAGUGAUGUGUCCAUAGACUUCUCUCAGGAGGAGUGGGAAUACCUGAAUGAUGAUCAGAGAGAUUUAUACAGAGAGGUGAUGUUGGAGAAUUACAGCAACCUGGUUUCAAUGGCAGGACAUUCUAUUUCUAAACCAGAUGUGAUCUCCUUCUUGGAGCAAGGGAAGGAACCCUGGUUGGUUGACAGAGAACUAACAAGAGACCAGUGGCCAGUCCUGGAGUCAAGAUGUGAGACCAAGAAAUUAUUUCUGAAGAAGGAAAUUUAUGAAAUAGAGUCAGCCCAGUGGGAGAUAAUGGAAAGACUUAGAAGACAUGACCUUCAGUGCUCUAGUUUCAGAGAUGAUUGGGAAUGUAAUGGCCAGUUUGAGAAACAACAUGGCUCUCAGGAGGGACAUUUCAGUCAACUGAUAUUCACCUGUGAAGGCAUGCCCACUUUUAGUCAACAUCCAUCCUUUACAUUACAGCAAAUCAUUAGUAAUAAAGAGAAAUACUGUGCAACUAAGGAAUAUAGGAAAACCUUUAGACAUGACUCACAGCUUACCACCCAUCAGAUGAUUCAUACUGUUGAGAAACCCUAUGAAUGUAAGGAAUGUGGAAAGGCCUUUAGACAUCCCUCAAGACUCAGUCAUCAUCAGAAAAUUCAUACUGGCAAGAAACCCUUUGAAUGUAAGGAAUGUGGAAAAACCUUUAUUUGUGGCUCAGACCUUACUCGACAUCACCGAAUUCACACUGGUGAGAAACCCUAUGAAUGUAAGGAAUGUGGAAAGGCCUUUAGUAGUGGCUCCAACUUCACUCGACAUCAGAGAAUUCACACUGGUGAAAAGCCCUAUGAAUGUAAAGAAUGUGGGAAGGCCUUUAGUAGUGGCUCAAACUUUACACAACAUCAGAGAAUUCAUACAGGGGAGAAACCCUAUGAAUGUAAGGAAUGUGGCAAUGCCUUUAGUCAGAGCUCACAACUUAUUAAACAUCAGAGAAUCCACACAGGUGAGAAACCCUAUGAAUGUAAGGAAUGUGAAAAGGCUUUUCGUUCUGGUUCAGACCUUACUCGACAUCAGAGAAUUCAUACUGGUGAGAAGCCCUAUGAAUGUAAGAUAUGUGGGAAAGCCUAUUCUCAGAGUUCACAACUUAUUAGUCAUCAUAGAAUUCAUACUAGUGAGAAACCCUAUGAAUACAGGGAAUGUGGGAAGACCUUUAAUUAUGACUCACAGCUGAUUCAACAUCAAAAUUUGUACUGGUGAUAAAACAUAGAAUAUAUGAAAUGUGUGCAAAUGCUUUUAUUUACAGCUCAAAACUAUUAACAUCAACUAUUUAACAAAAGAGAAUUUAUCUCUAUAUGAAUCCCUCUAAAUAGAAUAAGGUAGAAACAUCUUAUUUGCUGACUACAGCUUGUUCAGCCCAAGAAAAAUCAUGUAGGAGAAACACCCUAUGAGUAGAAUACGUUUUGGAAGCCAUUUAAUAAAAGCCCCUAUUUCCCUUGCCAUCAGGUAAUUCAGUCUACUAAAUACUCAAAAUGACAACAGCACUUCUGGCACCUUUCUAACCUUAUCUUAAACAUCAGAGAAUACAUGCUGAAAUGUGAUCCUGUGAUUUUCAUUUUAUUUUCCCCUCAAUUUGUCUAUAGUUGUAAUAUUCUUAAUCUUUUAAUCCAUUUAAAUUUAUAUAACUGUAAAAUCCAUCUGUGUAUAUCAUGGUUUGUAAAAUAUCUUUAUUUUUAAGAUACCUUUAAUACCCAAGAGCAGUGACCUCUUUAUUUUUGAAGAUAGCUUACUCCUUUUGCUCUUUACAAAAUUUAGACUUUCUUGUUAUAAAAAUGUUCAUGUAAUGAUUUACCACUCAGUAAAUAGAGAUCCUUUACUAUCUUCAUGGUGUUUUCCUUGUGUUGCUGUAAUAUCAUUUCAUCAAAUCCCUAUUGAUAGACAUUGUAGUUUCCUCCAGCGUUUUUGCCAUUAUACACAGUGCCCUGACGGGCAUUCUCCCUAGGUAUAUCUUUGUGUCAUGUCUUUUAUUUUAAUUGCAGAAAUAAUGCCUCAAUAUAUAUUUUCCUUAUAAUAGGUUUAAACAUUACAAGUAAG